AUAGUUGGCACCACUGAUUGUGAUUGGCAACCGUAGAAAGAAGCAGAAAAAUACAACGUGCGCCGCAAAAACAUUUGUUUGAAAUAAUAAACUUACUUAAAUUACUGAUUGGAAGAAGGAUUUAAGAAUCCAGAAUGAAGCUCAGCACGUACAACUUUCUGACAUCCAUGGCCAUCAAAGGCGUAAAGGUGGGAUUCCCCCUGAAGCUAACGAUAAACAAAAAGGAAGUAGUGGAGACGGAAUUCAAUCCCACAUUUGUGGAGCGACUGUUGCCCAAGUUGGACUGGUCGGCGGUCUAUGGCGCCGCCCAGGUGGCGGAAUUAACAGAAGACAUACCCGCCACACAGCCAGAAAACAUUGGAGAGAACGAAGCUCUCCUGCAGAAGCUCCACCACCUGCUCUUCGAGAUCGACGUGCUCGAAGGCCAACUGGAGUGUCCGGAAACUGGAAGGGUAUUCCCCAUCACCGAUGGCAUUCCCAACAUGCUCCUCAAUGAGGACGAGGUCUAGAUUCGCCCAUUCGUUCUUUUCUGUAACAUAAUCCCUCUCUCCAGACACGCAUUAUAUUAAGUAAGUUUGUUAGUUUUAAAGUCUGUUUAUUUACGAGUUACUAAAAAAUAAUUGGAGCUUG